UUCUUUUAGCUCUCUGGUUAGCCCCUCCCCUUUAAAACACUUCCAUUAAUACUCUCUCCAUUAAACCCUUUUCAGCCCCAAUUAGUAUAUAUCUCCCCAUCUCAUGAACCCUAGCUAGCUAGCUUUUUUUUUUUUUUUUUUUUCCUCUCUCUCUCUCUCUCUCUCUCACACACACACACACACACAUGAGUACUCACCUCAAUCCAUCUACUUUUCCUUUUCCUUUUCCUGCUGAUCAGCUCAGUGAAGAUAGUCAACCGUACCAUCAUCUGAUCUUCAGUACUACUCCAAACCUUCAAGCUUCUUCAUCUUCUUCUCUCUCAUACAAUAUGUUUUCUAGUUCAACUCAAGAUCAAAGUGGUCACUAUCAUGCAGAGAUACAACAACUACAACCUCAACAACAGGCUAAUAAUUUCGCUUGGCAUGGGGGAUCAUAUGAUCUAGAGAAUGAGAGUGAUAAUGGCCUCAAUUUAUCUUUAUGGAAGGAGAAAGAAGAUAGAAAUGAAAAUCAUAUUGAGAAUAAUUCAGUGAAGUGGAUGUCUUCAAAAAUGAGGUUGAUGAAGAAGAUGAAGAAGUCGGAUCAACUAACCGUUAGAGCACAGAAGUCGUCGGAAGAUGAUCGGAAACAACCAAUAUCAUCUCCUACUGAAACUGAUCACAACAACAGCAACAUCCCAGUUAGGGUAUGUGCCGAUUGUAACACAAGCAAGACCCCUCUUUGGAGAAGUGGACCAAGAGGCCCUAAGUCCCUUUGCAACGCGUGUGGGAUUCGACAGAGGAAGGCGAGAAGGGCCAUGGCUGCAGCUGCUGCUGCAGCUGCAAACGGCACAAUUCUUGCACCUGAGGCUUCAACAAUGAAGACUAAAGUGACACUCAAAAACAAGAGAUCGAGUACCGGUCACGUUGCACGACACAAGAAACGCUCCAAAUUCACCAUCCCUUCUGAUGAUCAUGGCAGAAAGAAGCUGUGCUUUGAGGAUUUCUUGAUAAAUUUGAGUAACAAUUUGGCUUUUCAACGCGUUUUCCCACAAGACGAGAAGGAAGCUGCGAUCCUUCUAAUGGCUCUAUCUUGUGGGCUUGUUCAUGGUUGAGUUUUCCAUAUUAUCUUCAUGCACUAGAUCAGCAUUAAAUAAGCUUCUUUAAUUCUUGAUUUGAGUUAAAAUAGGGCUAGAUCGAGCAUGUUAAUUUGUGCUAGCUAGCUAGAGUUGAGUUUGAUAGUGUGAGAGUGAUAGAAGAUCGAUGUCUACUUAAUUUAUGAGCAACCAAAGUAAUAAAAACAGAAAUAAAUGUGUGGUGAACUUAUGAGCUUGUGGUAAUUUGAUUAGCAACAUAUAUAUGUAUCUGCUGUUCAUUUAUAUUUGCUUGAAUUGUGGUAUCAAGUUUUAUGAAGUAUAAAAAAGAUUGUCUGCCAUUAAUUGUUUU